GAAGGAGAACACGAGGCACCAAGGCAGGUCUAGAUUUCCCAAGCAAAGUAUACCGAAGUAACUAAGAAGUCUUUUCCAUUACUCUCAAGCAACAUGAAUUGGUUACAGAUGAAUGAAGAUCUGAGCUUCAGAAAACUAAUAAAUGGUUCAGAGUGUCCAGAAAAUCUCAAGUAUGACUUUAACAAAAAUGGUGAGCUUAGGCACAUAGAUACCAAUGAACCUUUUAUUUUUAAUUACCAGAAGUCAUAUGAUGGUAAUCACAAACGUUACCAAAUUCUUGGACACUUAAUUACUCGGUAUGUUUAUGAGCUCCUGGAAAAGGCUUGCAAACUGCAAAAGAUUUACAUCCCAGCAGAUGCACCAGAUAAUCAACUUCAUAGUUUCUUUUUUAUGAGUGAGAAUGCAUUAACAAAUUACUCAACUUUAGUUGUCCUUCUUCAAGACCAGGGGACCUUUCGUGCAGGUCAAUGGGGGCAGAAGACCAUAAUUCAUGAAGGCCUCCAACAUGGAUCUCAAGUACCAUUCAUUAUAAUGGCUCUGCAGUGCUCUUGGGGGGUGAUUAUUUUAAAUCCUAAUGACAAUUCCAUUGAUCUGAAGACAAAACCAGAAUAUUUAAACCUCUCAAAGAAAGAAGACUCCACUUGUCCUCCGCAGUUAUCCUGGGCAAUCCCAAAAAGAGACAGCAGUAGUCCUGAAAAGCAUACACUCUAUGUUUGGGACCACUUCAUUUCAAAGUCUACAGCUAGAAAUGUGGCUUUCAUUGCCCAUGGCUAUGGAGGAUUGGUUUUUGUCAACUUGCUCAUGCAGAGAACUUUGGAAGUGAUGAAGAAAGUGUAUGCUGUUGCACUUAUUGACUCCACACACCACACAAUGCACCAGACAAAAGGCAAUUCAGAGGUGCAGGCAUGGAUAUGGAAGCACUGUCGAGAAUGGGUAUCAAAUUGUAAACCUUUAGACAAGUCAAUAGGCUGUCUUGUGAAAGUGGAUUGCCCUACUGUCUCUACAGGUACUGAAAAAUACAGCCUGGCCCCUUCCUCUAGUCUACAGUCAAUUUUCAGAUAUCUUAAGAAUUCACUGAAAACUGGCAUGAAAGAAUGUUUCAUUCGUUCACCUAUUGCAACAAGGAGCAAAAAAAGAAGUUGAGUAUAUGUGAAAUUGAUAUGUUUUCUUCUGCCAAAAAAAUUGUAUAUACUUUAGAUGCCUACACUCCGGCAUGAGACAUAUUUUAUAUAGAUUGGUGGGGG